UUCUUUUCUCAUUGUUUUGUAGAGGAAAUACAAGAUAUCUAAAAGUGGAAGAAAGAAGAAAAAGAAUUUGGAGUUUUUGUAGAAGAAAUUAAAAAAGCAACAAAUGUGGAAUGACCAAUUACAAGUUUUAAAUGCACUUGAUGUAGCUAAAACAAAAUGGUAUCACUUUACAGCAAACAUCAUUACUGGAAUGGGAUUCUUCACUGAUGCAUAUGAUCUAUUUUGUAUUUCUCUUGUAACCAAAUUACUUGGAAGAAUAUAUUAUCAUGUUGAUGGUGCACUAAAGCCAGGGACAUUGCCUCCAAAUGUUGCUGCUGCUGUUAAUGGUGUGGCAUUUGUUGGAACGUUAUCAGGAAAACUCUUCUUUGGUUGGUUCGGUGACAAAAUGGGAAGAAAGAGAGUUUAUGGUAUGACUCUAAAGUCUCUAGUGCUUAUGGUUAUAUGUGCUCAGGACUUUCCGUUGGUCACAAUUCACAUUCACUUUGUUUCUUUCGAUUUCGGCUUGGUUUCAGUAUUGAUGGUGAUUACCUCUUUUGACGAGGAUCGUGUCGGAGUAUUCAAAUAAGAAGAAUUGUGGUGCAUUCAUUGCUAUGGUGUUUGCUAUGAAAGGGUUUGGUAUUUUGGGUGGAGGUAUAUAUUUGCUAUUUUCCUGUCUUUGGGAUUUUUUGUUGCUCCACCUGAAGCAGUUGAUCCAAUUAACUCGACUAUGCCACAAGUUGAUUUCAUUUGAAGGGUAGUCCUAAUGGUUGGAGCUCUUCUUGCUCCUCUUACUUGCUAUUGGAGGAUGAAAAUGCCUGAAACGACAAGUUACACGACUCCUUUCGCGAGAUACAACUCAAGCAGCUUCAGAUA